AUGGGUUCCCCCUUUAUUAUAGGGAAUCCGAGCGUACACGUUGCCACAACGUUGAACACGCAACAAGGGCGCAUGAACAGGGGUAAAGCCGGGGUGUUGGUCCGCGUCGCUGUCCAGAGAGAGCCUUGGGUCCUUACUCCGUACAUAAGCUCUUCCCCAUACAGCUUCUCCAUGAUGGACACAUUCAAUUACGCCAUUUACAAUUCGCGUUUUGUGAUGGGAUGUGUCAUGCCUGCUACUCCACUUCUCCGUUACCCCGGAUCUCCAAUUCAUGUGCGGUGCGAUCGCAACUCACCAACAUGCCGCAACUGCGAUCGCCUUGGUGUAAAGUGCCCCGGUUAUAGUGACAUACCGGUCCUCUCGCAAAAAGAUGGUUCGCGGCAGCGUAUCCAGGACUCUGUGGACACCAUCUACCGGGCUUCGGGCGUCGAGAAGCGGAAGGUCGGGUCCUGUGACGAAUGUCGCCGAACAAAGAGUCGUUGCUCCCGCUCACGGCCCGUGUGCAGGCGGUGCAUGAAGAAGGGCUUUAUAUGCAAAUAUAAUCCCAAAUAUGAUGCAGCCGUUGCCCGAUCGUCAGCGCCCGCGCUGAUGGCAGGGCAAGACCAUGUGUUGACGGCAACAGCUUCGUCGACUCGCAGCGGCAGCGUCUCUACUCCUGGAAGCCAAAGGGGAAACUCCUCUGUUUCUUUGUCGAUGCCACUGUCACAUGACUUUCAAUGGCUUUUCGCGGAUACACUACCACAAGAUGCGCUUCGCCUACGAGCACUGGCCGAUAAGUUCUUUGAUCGGAUCUCAACUCUUCGUUGCCUGGGCUUCAUCCACAAACCAACUUUCUACCAGGCACUGGACAGAGGCACCCUCAAUGAAGACUUUGGGGAGGCUGUGAUUUACAUAGUUGCCGCCUUCGGUGCACGAAUGCAUCUAUUGGAUGAUACUGCCGAGGUCAAUGCAUCUUAUGGCAUUCCUGGGGCAGCCUGGGCCGAACGAGCUAGAGAUCUGGCGAUGAGGGAGAUAGCGAAUCCUUCCCUCUCAACGAUGAUGGCAAUGGUUCUCAUCUGCGAGCAUUCCAUCGCUAUGGAUCAGCAUGCUUUGGCGUUUGUCGUCUUCGGAUGCUGCUUGCGCAUCAUGAGGUUGCUCAGCCUUGACUCUGCCAAAAAGGUGUCGGACGCACCAGGACUUUCUCAGAUGACCCAACUUGAGACUGAAAGAAGGCUCUUGUGGUCAUGCUACCUUCUCGACAGCUUUCUCGGCGGUGGGGUAGAUAUGAACCUUCACUGGAAGCACGGUUUCCCUUGCGUUCCGCUGCCAUGCUCAGAUGCCAAUUUUAUCGCCCAGGAGCAGUACAUCAGCGACCUGAAUGCGCCAAGGCUGAGCACUUUUGAGAUCUUUCCAGAUCGAAGUUAUCUGAAUCUUCGCUCUCACACAAUCUAUCUUGUACAGCUCCGGACGCGGGUAUUGAGACUGAUACGAAACAACAACCAAGAGGCCAACAUCUGGGAUCCCGGGUCUGCGUUCCUCGACAUCAUUCAUCGCCUAGAGAUUUGGUACGCCGGCUUACCAGAACAGCUGGUGAUAUCUGACCUCAACGCAUACGUCCACAAAGAACUUGGCAUCAUCGGCGCAGUCUUUAUGCUUCACUUUCUCUACCAUUCAACCGCAUGUGAUCUCCUUCGAGUCUCACUUCCAGGCUACGUCUUUCCCCUAUCAGCUGCCUUUCAUUCUGCGCCUCUUGAAUUUCGCAGGCAAUGCCAGGAGCGGUGUCGCUUCCACGCAGACGAGAUAUCGCGUCUCGUUCGCAUUGGAUUCGGCUACGGCAUCCGUGUCUUUGAUGAUUUACACAGCUUAAUGGCGACAUUCGAGUCUACCAAGAUUCAGAUUAUUCACACUGCUACGGCUACAUCGAACGCUGUCGAUGUGAGAGAGCGAGCGAGUUACAAUAUUCGGUUCAAUAUGAGGGCACUGGCUAUCCUCCACCUCCAGAAGGACAAGCCGAAUCCUUAUCACAAAGCCUUGAUACCGUUGCUGGAGAAAUUUGACUUCCUCAACGUUGUAUCUGAGUGGCAGGCCUAUCCAAGCCCAAUAUCAUUGAACACAGAACUGGCCGAAGUGACAGGUCCAGAGGAUACCGGCUUCCUCAGCAGCCUUGCCCCGUUCCGCCUCGCCAAAGAAGAGAUCCGCGCCCAAACGAGACAGCGACGGGCCUCCUCACCGACCGUGAAAAACGACUUUCCUGGCUCGACCUCAACAGCCACCGUCCGCCCUCCCCCCAUCAUCUCGAUGCCCCAAAAGGGCACAACCCUUGGUGGCGGCGGCGGCAUCACAAACGGCGGUGUCCUGGAAGGUGUCGAAAUCUCUCUUGACCGUAUGCAGCUAGCAUCUACGAACGCUUCGCAUCCUACGCCUCCUAGCGUCAAUGACCAGGAUAUAACGACAAUUCAGGAAGGGGUAAUGAAUAUUGCGGUGGACUUAUCUGAUCUGGCGGAGGACUACAUCCGGAUGGCGGGCGAGAUGUCCGACUACAUCUCCUGGGACAUUUCGGAGCCGCCUGCGUGGUUGGAUUUUGACAUGAGUUCGACUAAUAUCUGA